UUAAACAGUGCUUUUGCCUCUUGAAGUCUUGAUAUAUUUAACAUUCGAUUUUCACAUGCAGACUUUAAAAAAAAUAUGAUUUUAGCUAAUUUAUAGUAAUGAAUACAUUGUAUUCGAGAACGUUUAACAUAUUGAAGUUAGUCCAAGUAGCGAAUUAUAGUCCAGCUAAAAUAUUACGAACAAAAAGGUACCGUUCAAAAACUGACAUGGAAUUAAAAUGUAGAGAAAAUCCCGUUGUAACUCAACUCGAUACACCUGAAUUUAAAAGUUUAUUCACAGAUGAAGUUCUAGAUCUGAAAAAAUUGUUUGAAAAAUACCAGUAUGAACUUCGAAUAGCUGGUGGUGCAGUAAGAGACUUGUUAAUGGGAAUAACACCAAAGGAUCUUGAUUUUGCUACCACAGCAACUCCAGAAGAGCUGAAGACUAUGUUUGAUAAAGAAAAUAUACGAAUGAUUAACAUGAGCGGUGAGAAGCAUGGCACUAUCACUCCAAGGAUCAAUGACAAAGAAAACUUUGAAAUAACCACAUUACGAAUAGACAUGAUAACAGAUGGUAGACAUGCAGAAGUUGAGUUUACCAAAGAUUGGAAACUAGAUGCUAAUAGGAGAGAUCUUACCAUAAAUUCAAUGUUUCUAGGUUUUGAUGGAAGUGUUUAUGAUUACUUCUUUGGUUAUGAUGAUCUAAAAAAGAGAAGAGUUGCGUUUGUUGGUGAUGCUGACGUAAGAAUCAAAGAAGACUAUCUCAGAAUUAUGAGAUAUUUUAGAUUUUAUGGACGGAUAGCAGAAACGCCAGAUAAUCAUGAUAACAAAACACUUGACAUCAUCAAGAAGAAUGUAAUGGGCUUGGAAAAUAUCUCUGGGGAAAGAAUAUGGAUGGAGCUUAAGAAAACUUUACAAGGCAAUUUUGCUGGUGACUUAUUAAAAACAAUGUUGAAUGUUGGUAUCGGCAAAUACAUUGGUAUUCCAGAUCCAAACAUAGAUGAAUUAAAUAAAGUUCUAAAUAGAAGUAAGCAUUUGGGUCUGCAUCCAAUGAGUUACUUGGCUGCACUCCUUAACAAUAUAGAUGCAGUCACUGUACUCCACAACCGCCUCAAGUUCUCUGGCUAUGACAGAGAUAUGGCAUAUUUCAUUGUUGAACAUAGAGGAGAUAAAGAUCAUUCAAGAAGGUUAUUACCAUAUGAAAAAUUAGUUUUGCAUUCUAAAAUGAAACAAAAAGAUGCCAUAGACUAUACUAAAGAGGUGUUAAAAUACAGAGGAGAUGAAGAUCUUUUGGAAUUAUUUAAUAAAUGGGAAGUACCAAGGUUCCCGAUUAAUGGCAAAAUCCUCAAAGAUAACGGAGUGCCCCCGGGUAAAAUGUAUGGACCUAUUAUAAACAAAUUAAAGGACAUUUGGAUUGAUAAUGAAUACAAACAAACACCUGAUGAUUUAGCAAAAUUAAUACCAAGUUUAAUAGGUGAGUUUGAGAAUAAAACAAGAAUGAAAUAA